CUAGAUACGCUGUUAUCGAAAUCAGCAACAAUGUGAUGGAGGUAUUCACACACAUUGACGGCCAAAUGUCAAAAUUACCAACCACGCAGCCAGCUAUAGAAACUUCUCAGACUUUUUAUUAAGAGACUACGAGAUUUUUUUAAAAGAAAAUUGGACUGAAAUAUGCCUCCAAAAAAAGCUCCUGCGCCAAGCAAAAAAACCGAGCAGAAAAAGAAGGAAAAGGUCAUUGAGGACAAGACUUUCGGUUUAAAGAACAAGAAGGGUUCCAAACAGCAAAAAUUCAUCCAACAAGUUCAGAAGCAGGUUAACAGCGGUGGUCAACAUCCGCGCACCGACAACAAAAAGAAGGAUGAAAAGGAGAAGAAAUUGCAGGAACAAAAGGAAUUGGCAUUGAUUUUCAAGCCGGUGCAGAAGGUCGAAAAGGGUACAGACCCCAAGUCGGUUGUGUGUGCUUUCUUCAAACAGGGAACAUGUACCAAAGGUGACAAAUGUAAAUUCUCCCAUGACUUGGCUGUGGAAAAUAAGGUCGAGAAGCGUUCCAUCUAUGUGGAUAUGCGUGAUGCCGAAGAGGAUGACAUGAAGAACUGGGAUGAUGCCAAACUCAAGGAGGUGGUUAAUCAGAAACAUUCCAGUGAAAAGAAAAGGCCCACGACUGAUAUUAUUUGCAAGUAUUUCAUUGAGGCGGUGGAAAAAUCGAAAUACGGCUGGUUCUGGGAAUGUCCCAACGGCGAGAAGUGCAUUUAUCGACAUGCUCUGCCACAGGGCUAUGUGCUGAAGAAGGACAAGAAGAAGGAAGACAAACCAACGGAAAUUUCAUUGGUAGAUCUAAUCGAAAAGGAACGCGCAGCUUUGGGUCCCAAUACCACUAAAGUAACGCUGGAAACAUUUUUGGCCUGGAAGAAACGAAAGAUCCAAGAAAAGAAAGAUAAAAUGGCCGCUGAUGAGGAACGCAAAAAGAAUGACUUUAGCAAAGGCAAACAAUUCGGUAUCUCUGGUAGAGAAAUGUUUAGCUUCAAUCCAGAUUUGGUGGAUGAUGGUCCGAUGGAAGAUGGCGAUGCUGCCUUUGACACCUAUAAACGUGAAGAGAACGAAGAAGAAGUCGAAUACAAAGAAUUGGAUUUGGCGUCACUUUCUCUGUCAGCCCAGGAGGUUGAUGGAACGGGUACACAGGCUUCAGCAACACGUCUACAGGAACAGGCCGAUGCAUUGGAGAAACAAGAAGCCGAAGCGGCAGCCGCUGCAGCUGCUGACGAAGAGAGUGCAACAUCUAACACACCUGCCACUGAUGCUGCUCCCAUCAAUAAGGAUCUGUUUAUGGGAUUAGCCGAUGAAUUGGAUGAUUUAGAUUUGGAAGAUGAAGACGAGGAUGAAGAUGACUAAGAUGAAGAAGAAGAUAGAGAUUAGGGGACAUGUGUCAUGUUUUUAAAACCACAAGUUACUGCUUAUCUGCUGCUUCAACAACAAAAUAAUCUUCUGAAGAAAAAUUAAAUAACAAAAUGUUAUAUCAAUUUAAAGAAUUUUUAAUAAAUCUUAGUUAUUUGUCAAUACAAAAAAUGAGA